AUGGAAUCCCUCUCAGACACACAGUGGGAUGUAGUGAUCAGCGGCACAGGGCUUCAGCAGUCCCUUUUGGCCCUAGCGCUUUCGCGGUCGGGCAAAAAAGUGCUCCACGUCGACCCCAACGAAUACUAUGGCGGUGCUGAAGCUGCGCUGAGCCUUCAGGAUGCAGAUGGCUGGGCUGCGAGACACAGUGGUCCGGAUGCCACUCGUCCGUUCACUGGAGCGCAAAUUACCAAAGGAACGGACGGCCUUGCGGCUUCGCGAUCGUACAGCAUUCCUCUAGCUCCACAGCUAAUACAUGCCCGAUCCGAGCUUGUCAGCCAAUUGGUAUCAUCGAAGGCCUUUCGGCAGAUCGAGUUUCUUUCCGUCGGGUCUUUGUUCAUUUACGAGGCAGCUGGGGAAUCCUCGAAGCCGACGCUCAGCCGAAUACCGUCCACCAGAGAGGACGUCUUUGCCAAUACUACUAUUCCAGCUCGUGCAAAGCGCUCAUUGAUGAAAUUUCUCAAGUUUGUUCUCGAUUACAAUUCUGAAUCGAAGACUGAGCUGUGGAAACCGAGUGAAUCACAACUUUUGAGUGAGUUUCUGGAAAGGGAGUUCAAAUUAGACGGCGACUUGCAGUCCUACGUCGUCACCUUGACUCUCUCCCAAGAUGGCAAAAUUUCGGUAGGCGAUGGAUUGGCCGCCAUUCAUCGCCAUCUUACCUCCAUGGGGGUAUUCGGGGCAGGAUUCGCCGCCGUGUAUCCCAAAUGGGGCGGGUUGUCCGAAGUGGCCCAGGUAGGUUGUCGUGCUGGUGCUGUUGGCGGUGCAAUCUACAUGUUGGGGACCGGCGUCUCCGGGGUGCAGCGUACUGAGGAGUCGGAUGCCGACACCAAUAUAGAGGUUUCCCUAACCAAUGGCACGACAGUCAAGUCCAAGGCUUUGAUCCAUAGCACUAAGAAGACUUCGACCGACAAUGUCACUGUCAGCAGACUCAUCGCCAUUGUUAACUCGCCCUUGUCAAAUAUGUUCAAAGUCAUCGUGGACAGUGCCCCAACACCUUGCGCAGCAGUUGUAGCGUUUCCUGUAGGCUCCAUCUCUGCUGGUGAUGGCUCUGUCUCUGAGUUUCCCACCUAUGCUUUGGUUCAUUCCAGUGAUACUGGUGAAUGUCCAGCCGGGCAAUCUAUCGUGUAUCUGAGCACAAUUGCUGGCCCAAGUUCCAAGUGCCUACUCUACAAUGCACUCUUGUCGUUCCUGAGCGUGUACUCAUCUGAAACGCCAGAAUGUCUCUGGCGAAUGCACUUUGAACAAGUCGCUGGUACAGGUUCCUUUGCUGCGGACGACAAUAUUGGAACAUUUGACUGGAUGACGCCCGAUUUGGCUUUCAAUGACUCUACCCUAAGGUACGUGAGCAUGGCAUGGCAAUUUGUCGGUGGGGAUGAUGAAAACAAUUACAUGAAGUUUGAUGAUAGGGAAGGCGUAAAUGAUGACGACGAUGAUGCAUUUAAUAGCUAA